AUGGACAUGCCCAGGCCGCCGCAGCUCGCCGGAGUCUCGCCGGCUGCAGUCUACUUCUCCAGCGCUGGAGCGAGUGGGAAUAAUAAUCGGAGGAAGCGACCCAGGGAGGCCAUGGCCAUGGCGCCGCCGCCCGUGGCGGCGGCUAAGGAGGAGUACGUCAAUCUGUUCACAAUCCAGCCGCAGCAGUCGACGUCGUCGUUCGCCAACGUGGCGCUCUUCCACAACCAGAGCAGGGUCUCGUCGUCGCCGUCCCCGGCCGCGACGGCGCUCGUCUCCACCGGCCUCCGCCUGGCAUUCGACGAGCAGCAGCUACAGCAGCAGGAGAGCAAGCAGAUGAAUGCGUUGCGCUACUCGUCGUCGUCGCCGUCGCUGUUCGGCUCUGUCUCCGACGAGCUCGCCGCGCAGGUGAAGCAGCACGACGAGGAGAUCGACCGGUUCGUCCGCGAGCAGGGCGAGCAGCUCAGGCGGGCGAUGGCCGAUCGGCUGCGGCGCCACAACCGGGCGAUUCUGGUCAAGGCGGACCAGUCCGCGGCGCGCAGGCUCCGCGAGAAGGCGGCGGAAGCGGAGCGCGAGGCGCGGCGCGGCGCCGAGCUGGAGGACCAGCUCGCGCGCCUCCGCGGCGAGGCGGCGGCGUGGCAGGCCAAGGCGCUCUCGGAGCAGGCUGCCGCGGUCACCCUGCACGCGCAGCUCCAGCAGGCCGCGGCCGCGGCGCGGGCGUCGGUCGAGGAGCUCGCCGCCGCCGGCGACGCCGGCCCGGCGGAGUCCUCGUCGUCGGCGUACGUGGACCCUUGCCGCCGCACCACGGGGCCGUCCUCGUCGGACCGCGCGUGCCUCGGCUGCCGCCUCAGGCCGGCCUCCGUCGUGCUCCUCCCCUGCAGGCACCUCUCCCUCUGCGGCGAGUGCUUCGCCGCCGGCGACGCGGACGACGCCGCCAUGGCGUGCCCCGUGUGCCUGUGCGUGCGGACGGGGAGCGUAGAGGCCAUCCUCUGCUGA